GGAGAGCGGCUCCGUGAGGAGGCAGCAGCUCCCCUGGGUGCUCGUGACUGUGCCUCUGUGAGAGGACGCGGAGAUGAGCAAGAAGCAAGAGAAGAAGGACAACUCCCAGCCCGACACAGGGCUGCCACGCGUGCGGGAUCGCCGCCAGGUGCGGGCCGGGACCGGAAGGCCGGCCUUCCAAGUAGACUACACAGGGGACGCUGGUGGCAACUUCGCCACCUCCAUCCCACGCCUCCUUCUCCCCGCAGUUGGGCCGCAUGGGGCCACGAGUGGUGCCGCCGGGCAGCCGGAGCCCGGGCUCGGCCCUCAAUGGCGCCCGUCUGCCGCCACUGCCCGGCCCGGAGAGCUCGCGGGCCUCUGGGAGCCGCCGCGCACAGGCGGACCAAAGACAGGCGCUGCCAUCCUUGCUGCCUCGCCCAAGGCAGGCAACGAUGCCGGCAGCUGCACCCCGGCGUGCAGCACCAUCUUCUAACGUUCCCAAGCUGCCUGCUCUGCAAGCAGCAGCCUCCUCCGCAUCUUCUGCAAGUGGAAGAGCAGGUGCCAUGGGCAUUAGAGAGAGCAGGCUCCCAGAGCUUGCCCCAAGGCCUCAGGGAACCUUGCGUGUCCAGGACAGGGCAGCAAGAGCUGAGAGCCGGGGUCCAGUUCUGGAAGUCUCCUCAACCGUUCUUGUGCCUCCGCAUGCCAGACCCAAGCAGAGCUACGUGGUGUCCCUGGGCUGUGCUGCAGCCGGAAGCCCGAGAAUCGGAGUGCAGCUGACAGUACCGGGGCACCACGCAUCCACCAGCAGGCUGAGAACACCAGCAAGAUCAGCCCAGGUGCUGGCCACCAAGGCUGGUGAGAUCCCUGCAGCUUGGACAGGUGCUCAGGAGGGCACCAGAGACACUCGUUCGGCUGCUACACCAUGUUUUGUAUCGGCUCAGAAGGGCGCAGAAGAACAGGCAGGAGGCAAAGAGCGGGACAAGGAGCCCCUGUCCACAUCAGUGCCUGAGGAUGCAGGCAGCUCAGCUUCACCCAGGGCUGCACACUCUCCAGGGGAGGACAAUAAUACAAUGCUCUUCCCGAGAGCGUGUGAGGGAGGAGAAAGAGGAGGAGCUGGUACCACCAUGCCUGAAUUCUCCACACAAGCUCUGGGAGUAGUGCCGAGAUUGCAAGGUCCCAGACAGAUCAACCCGGAGGCCAGUGGAUAUUCUCCAGUUCACCCAGCUAUCCGGAGAAUUUGUGAUGAGGAGGGAAAGGAGCAAAUGUCCAGCUGGAACAUCUCCUGGCCCGACAAUGUGAGCACGCUCAGGCUGCUGAGACCGGAAGCAGCUGAUGACAGUGCCAGUGCUGCUGGCACUGCUCAGGGAAUGCUGGGCCUUCAAACCAUGACCUCGAAGGUGGAGGGCCAGAUUCCUGUCUCGGGUGAUUCCCAAAUGAGGGAUGUUGGAGUGCAGGUUGAGCUGCAAGAAUUAGAAGAGACCGCUGAGAGAGAAUCUACAGGUGACCUGUCGAGCACAUCCCUUUCCUCUUCUGAUGAGGCAGACGCCAUGCGUUCAGCGUCUCUUCUGGCCACAGAACCUGGGCCUGGAGGACGCCUUGAGCCUUUGCCCACAUCAGUGCCUAGAGGUACGGAAAACACAGAUUCUUUCGAGACUGCACAUUGUCCAGAGGAGGCCAAUACAGCACCACUCCUCCUGUCAGCGUGCGAGGGAGGAGAAAGAGAAGUAACUGCUAUGACCAUGCCUGAAUUGUCCACACAAGCUCUGGGAGAAGCACCACGAUUGCAAGAUCCUAGAGAGACCUAUGGGGAGGCCCAUGAAUAUUCUCCAAUUUUCCCAGCAAUUAACAGAAUUCAGGAUGAGGCAAGGAAGGAGCAGAUGUUGUCUAGCUGGAACAUCUCCUGGCCAAACAACGUGAGCACACCCAGGCUGCUGAGACCCCAGGCAGCUGAUGACAGUGCUAGUGCUGCUGAUGCUGCUCCGGGCAUGUUUGACAUCUGCACCACAUCAAGGAUAGAGGGUCAGCUUCCUCCUUCUAGUGAUUCCCAAACGCGGCAUGAUGGAGUACAAGAUAUCCAGCAUGAUUUGCAACAGAGCAGUGAGACAGAAACCGCAGGACCGUCAUCCGCUGACCCGUGGAGAGCAUGCCUUGCCCCAUCUGAUGAGGCAGAAGCAGUGCCUAGCACUUCUCAUCAGGAUGUGGGUCACUGGCCCGCAGGACAACUUGAGCCUUUGCGUGCAUCAGUUCCUGAAGAUGCAGAAAAUUCAGGCUCUUCCAAGGCAGUGCCCUCUCCGGUGCUGGCCAUUGAAGCACCCUUCUUCCUAUCUCUGUGCUUAAGAGGAAAAAUAGAAGGAAGAGUUUUGGCCAUGCCUGAGUACUCCAGAACAGCUCUGGGGCACUCACCAAGACGGCGAGAUCCCAAAGAAAUCUAUGGGGAAGCCUACAGAUAUCCUACAACUCACCCAGCAAUCCAGAGAAUUCGCGAUGAGGCGAGGAAGGAGCGGAUGAUGUCCAGCUGGAAGGCGUCCUGGCCAAACAGCGUGAGCAUGCCCAGGCUUCCCGUGCCCCGAGCAGCAGGUGACGGUGCCAGUGCUGCCGCCAGUGCUCGGGGCAUGCUGGACGUCCGCUCCACGACAUCGAGGGUGGAGGACCGCUUUCCUGCAUCUCGUGAUUCCCAAAACCGUGAAGAGGAAGAGACCUCCGACAGCACUGCCAGCGAUACCAGCAGUGAUGACAGCAUGCUGGAUGACAGAGACAGCGCCAUGAUGGCUGAGAGCCUGCACGUGCCCUCCUGUUUUUGCUAUGGUAUUGUGGAGGGUGUGGAAGAAGAAAGGGAAAGCAACUGUAGGGAAGAUGCUGCAGAGGCAGCCAGAGUGGCACCAAGCAUUUCUGGUUCCUCGUCUGGUGAGGUGAAGACCAGGCCUUCAGCUUCCCCUGUGGCUGCAGAUCCCAGACCUGUGAGGCAGUCGUCCACAUGCGAGGGAGCAGAAGCUGCAGCCUGUCAGCAGGAGGAUUCUGCAGAGGCCAGAGAAGAUGCGCAGAAGAAAGUUGGCACAUUUGGGAAAAUACAUUUAUUAGAGAGCAGCUAA